GCUCCUGCUACUCAGUCACAAAGAACCCUGUCACACGCUCAGCGCGAGUGAGAUCCAGAAUCCUUCACCUCCCCGUAUCGCCUUGUUCCUACUCUUCUCUUUUCAACAUGCAAGCGUUUGGUGAGCAAUGGCCGUGCGCCGCACCGUCGCAUUCGCGACUCAGACACUCACAAUCACAGUACCCAAGAACCGACGACCGAAAUUUGAUCUACACCUGCGAAUAAUCGACCUCAACAAUGUACCACUCGUUUCUGGCACAUCAUUUAUAAAAUGGCACCUCUCCCACUCGACGGCCGCCGAGCAUCGCGGUCGCACAGAUAGCUGCCAAGUCAAAGACCACAAAGUCGCCUACAACUACGACAUCACCCUCCCCGUCCGUCUCACCGUCGACAAGAAUGGCAUGCUGCAGGAGUGUUUUGUCGAGUUGGAGGUCGUGCAAGAAUAUGGCAGAGGCUCGGGAAGAGGCGAGCGCAUCACGUUAGGGACUGUCAAGCUCAAUCUGGCCGAGUACGUGGAGCAGAGCGAGAUGGCCACGAUCGCGGGCGAGGAACCAGGCGUCACGAGGAGGUACCUCAUGCAAGACAGCAAGAUCAACAGCACGCUCAAAGUCGGAAUCUAUAUGAAGCAGACGGAAGGCGACAAGAACUUUGUUGCGCCAGCCUUGAAGACGGCGCAGGUCUUCAGUGGCAUUGCUGGUAUCAUGGCGGGGGAGCAGGCCGAACUUGAGGACCACGGAGCCGCGCCCUCCCUGACGAGCAAAUCUCGCGAAGCCGGCGAACUCCAAGACAUGUACAGACGCACCCUCGCCGCAUACUGGUCCGCACAACCCGGCGAGCUCAAGGCAGACGAAUGCAUCGAAGACAUAUUCGCUGGCGGAGACGGAUGGGGCGACCGCGAGAAACCAUACUCCCAGCAGCCACGAGCUCAGCCCUUGCGAUUCGCAGCGGGCGACAGCAGCAGCUCUGUGAGUGAGAGCGAGCAGGGUCACAUGCGCGGCGGUAGCACCGCUCAUCGCAAGUCACAUGAGACGCUGCGCCCCGGAGAUAUGAAAUCGAAUCACUCGCCUAACGUGCGGGGCCGGGGAAGUUUGGAGCAGCAGGCAUCACAGAUGAAGGCAGAGGCAGCGCGCAAGCGACAUCGUCCACACCAUGAAGUAGAUGAGUUUGAUCUGCGCGAAGAUCUUUGCAGCUGGCGUCGUCCAACCUGAAGUACCAAAAGGUACAGCUGAAAUACGAAUUCCUACAUUUGAUCUUGAACUCUGAAGUAAUGCGUCGCACUAUGACGCGCCUCACACGCGAAAGCGCGAUGGCAGAAUUAGGCGGU